CCAGCCCGGCGCGCGGCCCCUCCCGCUCUCCAGCACAGCCCUGGCCGCAGGCCCCAGCACCCACCCGACCCGUGGACCUCGGCUCGCAGCCAUGCGGCAGGACGGGCAGCUGCUGCUAGCCUUGUGCGGCCUGCUCUGGAGCACCACCACCGGGGGCCCUCCUGCAGAGUUUUGUUCCCAGAUCCUUAGCUCUGAUGUGAAGCCAGGAUUUCCCAAAACAAUAAAUCCUCAUGAUCCCGGAGUCCUCCAAGCAGCCAGACACAGCGUUGAAAGGUUCAACAACUGUACAAAUGACAUCUUCUUGUUCAAGGAGUCCCACAUCAGCAGGGCCCUGGUCCAGAUCGUGAAGGGCCUGAGGUACAUGCUGGACAUGAAGAUUGGCAGAACUUCUUGCAAGAAGACCCAGCACCCUAGUCUAGACAACUGUGACUUCCAGACCAACCGAACUUUAAAACAGACUUUCAGUUGCUACACUGAAGUGUGGGUCAUCCCCUGGCUCCAGAGGUUCGAGGUGCCCCUGCUCCACUGUCACUGACUCCUGCCUCUCAGCCAGGGGCACCUGUGCUCUGGACCAUGCUCCGUCAUAGCCCCACCCUGGCUAUCACAGGCCCUCGGACUUUCUGGAAGUGGUAUCUCCCCAGGGAGCAGAAUGGAAGUGCCCAUGGAUACAUUGCAGAACAGCUAGGGUGGAAGACCGACACUGCCUGGGGUUAUGUUAUGUAUUUCACUUUUCUUCUAAAUCUAAUUUUACUAAUGCUUUGAUGGGAAUUUAUCAGAUUCCGGACCCCUGAGGGAGGAGUUUUCCUGUGCCCUCCCACCUGACUACCCGGUGGUCCCACAUACAGCAGUGAAAGCCCAGAGAUCUACAGCACUGGGCAGGGGGACCAGGUCAGCUGUUACGCAUCUGGACUUUUGGGGAUGAAUAAAAUUAUGAAUAAAUAUGAAGAACUGACCAAUCUCAAA